CGUGCCCCGCGGGAGCCACUGCGCCUCCCCCGCGGCGGCGGCGCGGCCCGAGCGCUCCCGGCCCGACCCGGCCCGGCCCCGAGCCGCCCCCGCGCCCCGCCAUGCCCCCCAAGAAGCAGCAGCAGCCGGCGGGGGGCAGCAAGAAGGCCGACCAGAAGAAGAAGGAGAAGAUCAUCGAGGACAAAACAUUUGGCCUAAAGAAUAAAAAAGGUGCAAAGCAGCAGAAGUUUAUCAAGGCUGUGACUCACCAGGUUAAGUUUGGUCAGCAGAAUCCACGUCAGGUUGCUCAAUCAGAAAGUGAGAAGAAAUUAAAGAAAGAAGAUAAGAAAAAGGAAUUACAAGAAUUAAAUGAGCUCUUCAAGCCUGUAGUUGCUGCACAGAAAAUUAGCAAAGGUGCUGACCCAAAAUCUGUAGUUUGUGCUUUCUUCAAGCAAGGCCAAUGCACUAAAGGAGACAAGUGCAAGUUUUCUCAUGAUUUGUCAUUGGAAAGGAAGUGUGAAAAACGAAGUGUCUACAUUGAUGCAAGAGAUGAAGACCUUGAAAAAGAUACAAUGGACAACUGGGAUGAGAAGAAGCUGGAAGAAGUGGUGAACAAGAAGCAUGGUGAGGCGGAAAAGAAAAAACCCAAAACCCAAAUAGUCUGCAAAUACUUCCUUGAUGCUAUUGAGAACAACAAAUAUGGAUGGUUCUGGGUCUGUCCAGGUGGAGGAGACAACUGUAUGUAUCGCCAUGCCCUCCCUCCAGGCUUUGUACUAAAGAAAGACAAAAAGAAGGAAGAAAAGCAAGAUGAAAUUUCCUUAGAAGAUCUCAUAGAAAAAGAGCGUGCUGCCUUAGGACCAAAUGUUACCAAAAUUACUCUAGAGUGUUUUAUUGCAUGGAAGAGAAGAAAAAGACAAGAAAAAAUUGAUAAGGCUGAGCAAGAUAUGGAGAGGAGGAAAGCAGAUUUUAAAGCUGGCAAAGCAUUGGUGAUCAGCGGACGUGAGGUAUUUGAGUUCCGGCCAGAGUUGGUUGAUGCAGAUGAUGAAGAAGCAGAUGACACCCAUUAUGUUCAAGGAGCAGGAGAUGAUGAUGAGAUGGAAGACCCUGUGUGCAUAAAUGAUGUAGAUCUGAACCUGUAUGUCCCCAAGGCAGUAGAGGAGACUGGUAUUACAGUGGCUAGUCCAGAGCGAUUCAGCACAUACACUUCAGUAGAAAAAGAUGAUAAUAAAUUAAGUGAAGCUUCUGGUGGUGAUAUAAACAACAGCGAGGAAAAUGAUUUAGAGGAAGAUAAUGAUGGAGAUGGGGACUUGGAAAAUGGAGUCAUUGAUGCAGUUCCAGUUGAUGAAAAUCUCUUUACUGGAGAGGACUUGGAUGAACUAGAAGAAGAACUAAACACUCUUGAUUUAGAAGAAUGAACUAAAAAGCUCCAGUGAGGCAUUAAACCUAUGUGAAAACUGACUACAUUUUUUUCUCCUUUUUGAAUAGAAUUCUUAAACAAGAUGUUUAUGGUUAUGCAGCUGAAUAUGGUGGGCACGUGAUAAAGCAGGAAUGUUUUCCUUCAAUCUCAUCUACUCCAGUCUUGGCUAAGCUCACAGUAAAACGUUCAGAGUAGUUCAGAAUUACCUGACAACUGAAUUUGCAGACAGUGAGAUUAAAACUUCCAUCUGAGAGUAGGAAGUGUAACUGCUUUGCCAGUAUGCAAGUGGGCAGUUUGACAUCAGGUACAGUACAAAAAUACAAGUAUACAUUCUUCACCAAAACCUCAUUUUUAUUAGUGAUUGUGUUGAUUUAGAAACUGCCUGAAGUGGUUUUUAGGCAUGGUACUCUAAUGGAGCUGAUGCAGAUUAUGCUUCUUUAAGUGUUGAUUAGCUUUAUUUGAUCAGCUGGAUACUGAAGAUUGUGAACUGAUAUUUCAUACAAUACCAGUACGGUGCCCUCUGUUUAAAAUGUUUUAAACUUUCCCACCAUCUUUUGCCAAUAAAUCUGUAAAUAAAAAUUACCAACUUGAAAAUAUCUGUGUUGAUUUUUCUCUGCUAAGUUAGGAUAUCAUACCAAACUGUUAAGAACUGAAUUUUCUGAUGGAGUGGUAGAUGUUUUUCUCUGCAGUCUUGAUACAGAAGUGAUGAUGUUGGCUUCAGUUAAAUUUGGGCUAGCUGCCAUUAUAGGUUUUUUUGUCUGCUCUUGACGCAGUGUAAAAUUCAGCAGCCAGCUUUUCUCCCUUGCUGUUCUUAUCCCCUGCCCACCCAUUAACUGAUGUAAUACCUGCUAUACAUCACUGACUGCUAUUCCAGUCUCAUUCUCUCCCCACUGUCUUUUGUAGAUUAGUGAAGACCUCAGGCUCUGCAGAACAGGGAUGUUACAGCCCAAAACAUGUCUGUCAUCCCUUUGGUGUCCUCUAGAUAACAGGAAGUUGUACAGGGGUAAGUUCCCUCAGGUGCUGGACCCUGCAGACUGCACUUGAUCCAAGUCAUUGUGUUCUUUUCCAGUGCAUUGAGUGUCUGCCACAAAGAUUUCUCAGCAGUGGUGCUUUUCCAGGGGGCUGCUCCUCCUUGCCAUACUCCCUGUGGUGUCUGCCACAGUCCUGCUGUACUGAUGAUACCCUUUGUAUAUCGAUUUUUCUAAAGCUCUUAAAUCUCUACUUCCAGACCAGUAAGAGUUAUGGCAUUGUUAGAGAGCUUUCCCAAAUUGCUUUUGGAUGGUAAUAUUAGCUUUACUGGUUAUUUCUGGCACUGCUGAAUUGACUCUUGUAUCUUGAAUGCUAUUUCUAAAAUAGCAGACUUAGAAUUUUUGGCCUUUUUUGGGAUCUUUGUGGAAUUCAUUUUUUCCUGUAGGAACAAGAAGCAGUGCUUGGGAGAAAGAGGCCUACUGAAAGUGACUUCUAAAUGUAAGUGUUUAAGGAAAAGCUGCACUAUCAGAUAUAAAGAUUUAUUUAUGCAGAUUUUUCUCCUGUGGCCAUAAAUAAACAGAGUUGAUGGAUUAUUGUAUUAUACUGGCCAGCAAUAGAAUGCCUGGCUAUCAGGACACUUAAGAAUGCAAUUCAUUUGAAUGUAUGUUGCAUAAAUUUUCAAAGUUGUAUAUUUUAAAUGGGAAUAAAAGUAAUUUAAUCAUUAUCAA